GUGCGGCGGCUCUGGAGUCAGGCGCUGCCUCAGGCCGCGGACGCGCUGCCGGCAGCUGCAGGGCGGGCGGCGGGGAUGUGGCCCGCGGUUCUCGCCUCACCUUCCAUCCUGGGGCCGGUUGGUCGCUAGACGGCCCGCAGCCGGGUCGAGGCCGAGGAGGCAGCGCGACCUCCGCACGGUGCUGAUGUGGGAGCAUGACUCAGCCUGUCUACGCCAACCAGUCAGAACAGCCCUUUCUUUAUACUGUCAGUGUUUAAGAACAAAUGCAGCUUAUAGCUCAUGGAAGAAAAAGCACAAAUCAAGACAUUUUUGGGUUCCAAGUUGCCAAAGUAUGGAGCAAAAUCUGUAAGAAGUACACUGCAGCCAAUGCCAAAUGGGACACCUGGUAGUUUGUUUGGAACUUCUAAGAGUAGCAGUGUCCAAAGCGACAUAAAAAAUAAUGUCUCCAAUUGUCCGUCGACCCAUUCAUUUAAUUGGAGAAAAGCAAAUAAAUUCCACCUUGGUGAACGAAGUGCUGGUGAGCCUAAGAGUACUCCAAAUUCUGAAAAACAUGCUCCUACUCAAGGAAUGUUUGAUAAAAAUGGGAUAAAAGGAGGUUUGAAAAGUGUUUCUUUAUUCACAUCAAAGUUAUCAAAGCCAUCCACUAUGUUUGUGUCAUCUACAGAGGAGUUAAACCAAAAGUCUUUCUCUGGACCACCUAACUUGGGUAAAUUCACCAAAGGUACAUUAUUAGGAAGGACUUCAUAUUCUUCAGUUAGUGCUCCCAAAUCGCAGUUGAAUGGAUUUUAUGGAAACCGAUCGGCUGGUAGCAUGCAAAGACCUAGAGCAAACUCCUGUGCCACUAGAAGCAGUUCUGGAGAAAGCUUAGCACAAUCACCAGACAAUAUUAAAUCUAUUACUUGUGAAAAAAUGGUAAGGUCACAAAGUUUUUCACAUUCCAUUCAGAAUUCCUUCCUUCCACCUUCAUCUAUAACCAGAUCACAUUCCUUCAAUAGAGCUGUAGAUCUUACAAAGCCUUACCAGAACCAACAGCUACCCGUCAGAGUGCCUCUAAGGUCAAGCAUGCUAACAAGAAAUUGCCGCCAGCCAGAAGUACUCAAUGGGAAUGAACAUUUAGGGUAUGGAUUUAACAGGCCUUAUGCUGCUGGAAAGAAGUUGGCUUUACCCAGUGGUCCAGGCCUAACUUCCACUUUGGGUUAUAGGAUGGUUCAUCCUUCUUUAUUGAAACCCAGACCUUCAUUUGCUGGGAACAUCACAGUUGAUGGUAAUAAAAAUUCACCUGCUGACACAUGUGUAGAAGAGGAUGCUACAGUUUUGGCUAACAACAGAGCUACUGAUAAGGACCAAGAACUAAUUGAAAAUGAUAGUUACAGAACAGAAAAUUACCAGACCAUGAAGCGUAAUGCUAAAAUUAGAUACCUGAGUGAUGAUGUAGAUGACAUUUCCUUGUCAUCUUUGUCAUCUUCUGAUAAGAAUGAUUUAAGUGAAGACUUUAGUGAUGAUUUUAUAGAUAUAGAAGACUCUAACAGAACUCGAAUAACUCCAGAGGAAAUUUCUCUCAAAGAAGAAGAGCAUGAAAGUGUACCACCAAAGGAUAUAUUUGAUUCCCCCAAGGAAAAUGAAAAAUCCUUCAGUAAGACCAGUGAAUGGAUAGAUAUAACUGUGUCUGACAGGAGUGAAUGUACAAAACAUACUUCUGGGAAUAACCUGAUUUCUCCAGAUACAGACUACAGAGCUGGUUCUUCAUUUGAACUUUCUCCAUCUGAUAGCUCUGAUGGAACAUAUAUGUGGGAUGAAGAGGGCUUGGAACCCAUUGGAAAUGUCCAUCCGGUUGGAAGCUAUGAGUCCUCCGAAAUGAACAGCAUAGAUAUUCUGAAUAAUCUUGAAUCAUGUGACCUUGAGGAUGAUGAUCUUAUGCUUGAUGUAGAUCUUCCUGAGGACACACCUCUUGAAAAUGUGGAGCAUGACAAUAUGAACCGCUUUGAUCGAUCAGACAGAAAUGCCCGGCAGUCUCAGGAAGGAUUUUGGAAAAGGCCGCCCCAGAGGUGGAGUGCGCAGGAGCAUUACCACCUCAGCCACCCUGGCCACUACCAGCACCAUGGAAAAAGUGACCUGAGCAGAGGCUCUCCCUAUAGAGAAUCUCCUUUGGGUCAUUUUGAAAGCUAUGGAGGGACCCCAUUUUUCCAGGCUCAGAAGAUGUUUGUAGAUGUACCAGAAAAUACGGUGAUACUGGAUGAGAUGACCCUCCGACACAUGGUCCAGGAUUGCACUGCUGUAAAAACUCAGUUACUCAAACUGAAACGUCUGUUGCAUCAACACGAUGGGAGUGGUUCACUGCAUGAUGUUCAACUGUCAUUGCCAUCCAGUCCAGAGCCAGAAGAUGGUGAUCAAAUAUAUAAGAAUGAAGAUUUAUUGAAUGAAAUAAAACAACUUAAAGAUGAAAUAAAGAAAAAAGAUGAAAAAAUUCAACUAUUAGAACAUCAGCUUGCAACUCGGUGUAACUGCCACCAAAAAUCUAAAGAGGAAAAAUGCACAUAUGCCGAUAAAUAUACCCAAACACCCUGGAGAAGAAUUCCUCCUCAAGUACUACAGCCUUCCAGCAGCCUUCCCAGACCCACAGACCACGCCCAGGGAAAACUAACAAAGCUGCAACACACCGAGGCCCACAGUGAAAGCACGCUCCAGGGUGUGCAAGAGGGCGUUGCACGUCUGGACGAAAGCUGCACACAUGGCUUGCAAGAAGAAAGCAGUUACGGUCUGGAUGACCAGCCUUUUUCAUCAAGCCCACAGUUCACUAAGGAUGUGGCUAAGGGGACACCUUCUGAAGCAGACUUGAACAUGACCGUGAAUGCUCCAGAGCCUUAUCAUUUGGCAAAUAAUAAAGUUAUUGACAUGCAGUUUGUACCCACUUCUCAUCAGACCCUCCCCCAAUCAAGUAGAGUAGACCAGGCUCAUAGAGGUGGAAGAAAUGAGUCUUCACCGGUGGGCUACACAUCUCAGCCCAAGUCUUUGCAGCUCUUAAAGCCAUCCAUCUUGAAUUCUUUGGGACCACCUCCAGUUUCUGAGUCAUCUCCAGAUAGGACCGCCACUUGUAAGAAGUCACUGAUAAUCACACCAUGUAAUUCAGCCAAACUUCAGCCAACAUCUUGUCAGACAAAUCUUACCAGUAAUCUGAAUCUGAAAGUGUCUAAGCUCCGCCCCCCUUCCAACUCUUUCAAACAGAAACAAAUAAGCAACCCCCGACAAGAGCCUCAAAACUUCCAGGCCAAGACAAGCAUCCCAAGACCACUAACACGAAGAAAAGAAAUCAUGCAGAAUCCGAAUGGCGAUUUGCAUUCUGGAGAUUGUUUGGCCUCUAAUCGCUAUUCUCGUCUUCCUAAACCAAAGAUACAUUAAGUACAUAGCCAUCACCUACCAAUUUUUUUUUUUUUAAACAAACUCAUCUGUUCUGUAAUAGCUUUACCUGCAUUUUGCUACCAUGGUGGACAUUCCAUCAAAAGUCUGCAAAUCUUAAAUAUUAAAACGUGGAAGCUUGUACUAGUUUGGCUCUUCCAUUUCAUAUCCAGAUUGAAGUGUACAUACCAUUUGAACAUACUUGUCUCAGGUAAACACAAAAGUUUGCUUACUCAUCUCAGUGGCCUACAGAGGCUGUAAUCAUGUUACCUAUUCCUCUGCAUAUCAGAAAAUUCAUAAUAUUCCACUUAGCAGGCAAGAAAUGGGCUUUGCCAAUUUAGUCCUUUUAACGUUUACAUUAAUUGUGGUUAUCAGAAACUUGCCCCUCUUCAGUUGUUGGUCCUGUGAAUAUGGCUCGUAUUUUAAUGAACAAUGUUGGUGAUAAUGGAAGAUGGUAGUCUGUAAGCAGAGUUCUGGCCAGUGUUUUGUACGUUUAAAAGGUCUAUGCAAAAGCUUUAUGAUGAAUAAAGGAGAUAGGCUUUAGUGGGAACUUGAUGUAAAUUUUAUUUUUCCUUGCUAGGAUCAACAAACUAAUCUUGCUAUUUAUUCACUUACCAGACAAAUUCUCCAGGUUAUAAAGAAAUAAUUUUAUGUUUCUUUAACAUCUUGACAUACACAUAGCACACACAACUCACACACCCACACCCUCACUGCAUUUGUGCUGGUAUUUGCUCCUUGGUAAAUUUUGGAAAGAGAGCUUAAAAUUCAUCUUGAAGUCUGUACCUAAAGUUAUAUCCCUUUGUAAAAUGUGUUGGUGCUAGAGUUUUGCUGGUAAUUCAGUUCUGAACCCUAUAGACUUAUGGAUCCAAGAUAGCUGUUUUAAGGUUCUACCGCAUAUAUUUUAAAUUAAGUCUUAAUUGUAAUAUUUGUAUUUGUUGAUUUUCUGCUAAUCUGAAGUCUGAAAUAAUGGACUUGAUACAUUUGCACAAAGCUGAUGGAUACAUAGGGAUUUAAAGCUAUUUUGUGUAACAAAACAAGUUAAAAUGUUUUGAGAAAAAAUUAAAAUUUAAGUAAGACUGUCUUGAGAAAAGCUGGAAUUCAUAGUAAUUUAGUUUAUCUGAGUUUUCCAGGUUUCCUUAUUAUGUUGGUAUAUGUUUAAAAGAUAAUUUUUUGAAAAGUAGACAGGAUUUGAGAAGAGAAAUAGAGUUGGGGAGGGGAAAUCGUGUUUUAUUAAAAGGUAUUAAACGGUAUUUCAAAAGUGAUAUGCUGCUUUAUUUUACUGUGUAGCAGAGAAUCGCUGUGGAACCCCCAGGGACCAUGUGUGCAGCCCCAAUCAUGCGUCAGGCUCUUGUUAGGACGUUCAGGAAGUUUGCCCUACGGUCUUCCUAAAUCAUGUCAUUUUGAGGCUGUUCACCUGCAGCUGCUUUAAUUGGGCUCAGUAUCUUUCAGACAGAAGGCCUCUCUGAGGUCAAUAUUUGGUUUGAUCAGCUGGCCAAAAAUGCACCAAAAGGGGUUAUAGUCCAAAAAGUUAGUUACUGAAAUUUCUAGGGCUUCCAUAGGGAAAAAAAUGUACAUAGAGCAAGUGCUUUACUGGAAACUUCAAAAGUGACAUUUGCAACCAUUUUGACACAGUCUUCCCUAACCUAUCAGAGAACCAUUCAAGUGACUUUGCCAUUGAUUGGACACAAACCGUUCACCCAUGAAUUUGAUAAUGGGUGAUCAACACAAACUCAGCAUCAUAUUCUCACUGGAUAGCACUUCUGCCAGAGAAGCAGUUCAGAAAGUUCUUCACAUAGUCCAGAUAUUGCUGGUGUCGAGUGAUCAGACACAUCAGUGGAGCACUCGUUUAUUCACAGAGACAAGCCGUGAUGACUGCCGCUAUCAGUGGGCAUAAGUGGUCUUUCAUUUUGAAGGACAUACUGAGCUUGUGCAUUGCAGAUGGGAUGCUAUCAUUCUAUGUUUCCCUAAAGUAAAACAUGCUGAUGAAUUAGUAGCUUCUUGGUUAAUUGGUAUAGACUCUUAUGAAACAUUAUUUACAAGUUGGCCUUUAUCUUUAGGGAAAAAAUUUCAUAUUAAAAUUUUUUUAACCCCAUAGUCUUUAUUGUCUAUUAUAUACAAAUGUUGACUUCUGAAAUUUGUUUAUUCUCAUCUUUUUUCCUGACCUAUGUUUUCUCCUUGAUGAAUUUGCAGAAAUAUUAACUCAUCAGUGCAAACUUCUCUGUACCUCUGAUCAGCCAUAAUCUUGGCAGAAGAUCAGCAUAAUGAUAAAGCAUAAUAUACUUAAGAGAAAAAAAAUCUAGGAUGCUUGCACAAAACAACAAACUAAGUAUUUGCCUGCAGUUUUCUCUAAAAACUGCAAGAAUGUCCUGCUAAUCUGCCUUAGUCAGACAAUGUUAAGUCAGAAAUGGAAGUGGGGAUGUAGUGCUACUGAAUAAUCAGCGAACACCCUCUCACGUUGCCCUUCAUCUCUGGCUAUUGCUUCUGUAAAUAAACUCUGUGCCAAAUCCUCCUCCACAGGAACUCAGAUCACUUUUUCUCUUCAUUCAUGUGAUAUUGAGGAAGAUGGUGCAGUGUGUGAAUUCACAGUCCAGAGGUUGAAGUUUUAUGGGGGUUGAUUAAAUGUCCCAUUUGUGAAAGUGAACAUCGAGGAUGUGGAAUUAUAUAUUUGACUGUGAAUGGGAUGCCUAUCGAAUUCUUUAAAGAAGGCUUGGCCUAAGGAGUUAAUCCGUAGAGGUGCAGAUGAUUUUAAGGCAUUGAACAAAGGAUUAUAUAGUUAUAUUAUUUAGAAUGUUUCUAAUAACUGAGACCUUCUAGCAUUUUUCUUUUGGAGUCUCAUUUUCAUUUGUGCAGUAUUUUCAGGCAUAGCAACUACUGUUCAUUGUAUUUAUAUAGAUGUUAAGGAAUUUAUUAAGCAUUUUAACAAGUAAGAAUCUGAAUAUGAAAAAGAAUAUCAGAUUUGCACUUUAAAUGAGCUUUAUUGCUUGGAGUUGUGCCUGAAAUAUCAAAAUGCCUCCUAUUUGGGUAUGGCUUCAUUUGUUGAAAUGAAUUUCUCUGUAACUGUUGCUGUUUGAAGAUAUCAGUACAGCCUUUCACAGAAUUAUAUCCCUAGCAUGUCACUUUUCCCAUUAAAGCACUAAGUUUUCUUUCAA